AUGGUACUCUUUCUCUUUUCCUGCACAUCCAAAACAGACAAUAGCAGCAUUGCAAAGACUAUCACAGUUGAUAAAGGAGGCAAUGGAGGCUUUUCUAGUGUACAAAGAGCCAUUGAUUCUGUCCCCUCAAACAAAAAAGAAUGGACUCUUAUCAGUGUAAAAUCUGGUAUUUACAAUGAAAAAGUUGUAGUCCCUGAAGACAAGCCAUUCAUUAUUCUUGUAGGAGAGAGCAUCAAGAAGACUUUGAUACAAUGGGGAGAUCAUGGCAGCUCCAACCUCAGUGCUACAUUCACAUUGAGAGCCGAUAAUUUUGUUGCUAUGAACCUAUCAUUUCAGAACACAUACAAUCUUGAUACACCGGAUUUAGAUGAUCGGAACACUAUUUUGUGGGCUCCGGCGGCUACAAUAUACGGUGACAAGGCAAGCUUUUACUUAUGCGGAUUUGUUGGAGUUCAAGACACUUUAACAGAUGCUCUUGGCCGUCACUUUUUUGUAUCUUGCUAUAUUCAAGGAACAAUAGAUUUCAUCUGGGGGAAAGGCCAAUCAGUCUACAAGAAUUGUGUUUUCAAUGCGACCACUGGAAUGCUAGGUGGAAGAGCUGGUUAUAUUACAGCUCAAGGGAGAGCAAACUCUAAUGACCCUAGUGGUUUUGUGUUCCUCUCAGGUUUUAUCUAUAGUACUGGUCCUGUUUAUUUGGGAAGAGCAUACAACCAAUAUUCAAGAGUAGUGUUCAAGAACACUUACAUGUCCAUAGUUGUCCAGCCUAAGGGUUGGUCUUCAUGGGGGUUUGUGGGUAAAGAGGCUGAUAUUGUAUAUUCGGAGGUGUCUUGCUUAGGACCCGGGGCAAAAAUGUCGCAGCGAGUGAAAUGGGAGAAGAAAUUAUUAACUGAGGAUUUGAAGAAGUUAACGGAUCUUAAUAAGUUCAUAAAUGAAGAUGGAUGGAUUCAAGGGCAACCUAGACUCAAAUGA